AUGGAGUCUCACAAACUAUUCAUCUCUCUCUUUCUCUUCUCAUUCUUAGGUGUUAAAUCGGAUCAUCUUCAGCAUAGUAACUUGAAGCGUUUGAUGAAACCGAAUAGGCUGUUCGUGUUCGGAGAUUCCUACGCAGACACCGGAAACAUAAGAAAGUCUCUUUCCGAUUCUUGGAAACUUCCUUACGGCGUCACUUUUCCCAAAAAACCAUCCGGUCGUUUCUCGGACGGUCGUGUCGCCACUGAUUUUCUAGCAAGAUACUUGGGGAUAAAGUCACCGAUUCCGUACACGUGGAAGAAUUACGCGGGAAAGCAACGGCUAUUAUACGGAAUGAACUAUGCGUACGGAGGGACAGGAGUGUUUAAGACUUUCAAUAAUCCAUUGCCAAACAUGACAACUCAGAUUGAUUAUUUCCAAAAAGUCCUCGCCGCCGGCAACAUCUACUCUACCUCCAACCUCCACUCUUCUCUUGCUUUCGUCAGCGUCGCCGGCAACGACUACGGCACUUUCAUGCAACAAAAACGUCCCAUGACCGAGUUCCCGGGAUUCAUAAAGCAAGUUAUUGAUCAAACUGAGGUAAACUUAAGAAGAAUCCACAAGUUGGGAGUGAAGAAGAUUGCAAUGGCUUCACUACAGCCGCUCGGAUGCCUCCCUAGCAACACUGGCUUUACUUCAUUCCAACGUUGCAACGCAUCAGAUAAUGCGUACGUGAUUCUUCACAACACUUUGUUGCAUAAAGCCGUGGCCAAGCUCAAUAAUGAGACCAAGCCAUCCACUUUCGUCAUCCUUGAUCUCUACAAAGCCUUCUUGACUGUCCUCGUGAGCAAAAGAUUAGAGCCUGGGGUUACGAGGUUUGUGAACCCCAUGAAACCGUGUUGUGUUGGGGUAACAAGCAAUUACUCGUGCUCAAACGUGGACGAGAAGGGUGAGAAGAAGUAUACAGUUUGCGAAAAUCCAAAGGCUUCCUUCUUUUGGGACAUCUUUCAUCCAACCGAUGAAGGAUGGAGAUCCGUUUACUCGGUUUUACGAGAGAACCUCAAAGUCGUUAUGAUUUAA